AUGACUAAUACAGAUAUGUGGCAGAAGGCCCGGAGGUUGCAAACCCAGCGGCCGAAACGCCGGCACCGGGCUGCCUGCGGCACCGGGCCAGGGCCGGGGCCGGGGCCGGGGCCGGGGCCGGGGCCGUUACUUUCCGUCCCGCCCCGUUACUCUCCCGGCGCCGGCUGCCCCCAGCCCGCCAGAGGUCGCCAGGAAGCCAGCGGGGAGGGCGGGGCUGCCACCCCUGAGGGAGGGGGAGGGCCUAGCGAGGCGGAGCUGGUAUCCCAUUGGUUGGGGCGGGAGAGUUCUUGCCUAUUGGCUGUUUGCCGCUCGUGGUGGGGGUUGGUUUCGCUGUGGAGUAGCGGAAGUGACGAGUGUGGAGGGGGACUCCAGCUCCCGGAUGCCGUUGGGGGCGCGAGCUCUUCGCUGCCGUUACCGGCCCGCCUGUGGCAGUGCCGGUGGGGCGGCGGGGGCGGCGCCGGGCCUGGGAGCCCCGCUGGAGCCAGGCGCCGGGGGGCUGUGGUGAAUCAGUUUUGCAGGAUGAGCACUGUGACUGAAGAAGUUAAGCCAGAAGAUGGCAAGCCUGAAUCUGAAAAGAAAAUAUUUUACUGUGAAGUUUGUAAAGUUCCGUGUAUGAGUUCUAUAAGUCUUCAGUCACACUACCGUGGUGCAAAACAUAGAAAGAAAGAGAAAGCCCUGAGACCCAAGACUUUCUAUUGUCCUCAAGCUCCAGUCCGAACUCCAAUGAAGUAUGAAACACAGAGACCAGUGAAGAGAGGACUCACAAAGGACAUAACCUGUCUGAAGGAUUUUAUGAACGAUCCCAAGAGAGAAGAACCUCUAGUUGGUUUAGAACAUGUGGUUGAAAUCAGGUUUGAAGGAAGAAAAGAGCCGCAUUAUGAGUGCAAGCUGUGUGGGUUUAAUACAGAGAUGGCACCUAUGAUAGAACAUCUUAGUGGAUAUAAACACAGAAGAGCAUACAUUUCUAAAGAAUUUCCUGAUAAAAUGAAGAGAAAGACAACAGACGUAAAAGAAUGCAAAGUCUCAUUUCUUAGACGAAUAGCAGGAGAGCUGGAGAAGACUGAAGGAUUAAAAAUGUAUAAGAUUGAAGGUUACAUAAGACCAAGUACCUCACCCCCAUCAAAGAAGAAAGCAAGGUGGGAAGAUGAUUAUAAGCAUGAGAAUGAUCCUGUUCGGAAACAGAAAGCUCUGGAGUUCUUGGAGACUUUUCACAUCACCUCAGACUCCGAAGCAACACUUGUUGUUCAUAUUACACAGGAACUCACAGAAGCUUUGAAGGCCUUUUGUGAAAAGAAAGCAGCAGUUAAUUAUACUAACAGUCUGAGGCCACUGAUGUCAAUAUCUCAAGGUGAAUUUCCAGGAAGGAAAAGCAUCCCAAACCACUAUAAGCCAUAUGGAAAACCCAAAGGAAAUAACUGGAAUCAAGGUCUUUUGUCUCAGUAUGAAGAGCAUUCUGCAGAUGCUUCUUUUGCCCCUGCCAACUCAUACAGUUACCAAACAGAUGAUGGAUCAUCUUCCUGCGAACUGGGAUCUAAUGACUUUGCAAUGAUGUCUGCACUCAGGGACUCUUUUGCUCUUCAGACUGGAAGUCCUGCCAGUGGUAUCAGCGAGUGGCUGAGACAGUUCAGCCGAUCUGCUUCUGGCAGUAAUUCAGCUGGUGGGGCCUCUUCCUAUGAGACAAGUCCAGUGAGUGAGUACUCAGCAGAAUACAUGUCCAAUGAUGUGCAUGGAAAUAAGAUCCCUGUUAACAGAGUCUCUUAUGGUGGGGAAAGUACAAAUUGGAGGAAUCAACAAGCAUGUUCAAAAGCAAGAAGUUUAAGUGAUCAAGGAUUACCCUAUCCCAAUUCUUCUGCCUCAUAUCCUUCAUCUGGAAGAUAUCCCACAAACUAUCCUUCACAAAGCUGUUCCUCUUACGGGAAUGAUGAGUCUGUGAAUACUUGUACCUCUGCAAAUACUGCUCCUUCAGGAAGAGGUGGCUCCAGGUGGAGCGAGGACUCAAGGUGGAAUGAGGACUCUCGAUGGGAUGAGAACUCUAGGUGGAACCAGAGCUCUAGCUGGAACCAGGAGUCUAGCUGGAGCAAGGAAUCUAGCUGGAGCCAGGAAUCUAGGUGUCAAGGAUUCAGGCAUCAGAAGUCAGGCUACAGGAGUGACUGGGGUUCACAUCAGUACUCGUUUUCCGGCAGUGGUUCAUACAGGGAUUACCAGCAAUUCAGAAGCUCAGAUAAGAUGUUUGAUGAAGAUGCUGUUGGUCUUACUCCCAACAUUUUGAAUAGACUGCAAGGAAAAGAUAUACCUACAAUGACCAGGAUGCUCAAGCAGUUGGCUCCGUAUUAUCCAGCACUUCAAAAACUGAAUAUUCAGACAUUAGUCAAUGUGCUAGUAGAAACUAGAGGAAAAGAUUAAGGAGCAACAACAGCUGAACUGGAAACAGAUGAACAGAUUCAAGAAUCUCCAUCUCUUGGCUUUCAGGAAAGAGACUGCAUUUAAUUCUGUGUUUGAGUGGUUUUGGAAGGGGAAAGGGGAGGUAGGGUUUAAUUUUUUUAACAUGGGAAAUAUAGCUGGAACACAAACUUGCACAUAUCAGGGGUGAACAUACUAUUUUGUUUAGGCUUUUUUAAUGUAUUUGUUAUAUCUUAGUAUAUUAUAGAAAAAAAUCUUUUGUUAUUUUUUGAAAAUAUGUUAAUGUUAUUUUGUCAGCAAAAAGCUAAUCACCCUUUUAACACCCUUCCCAACUCAGAGAAAAAAAAAAAAGGUUUAAUUUUGUGUUAUUUACUUAGGAAGAAUAUUCACCGAAAAUACAAGUCCGUUGCAUGCAAAUACAGGUUUACUUUUCUUCACACAAAUUUCAGGUCAGUUCAGUUAUUUUAAAGCUUUAUAAUGAGGGUAUUUUUAGAAAUUGAUCCACUACAUUGCUGUUUAGACAAAGAAGGGAGAGUGUCACAGCAAAGGUAUUCUCUGGCUUAAUGGGAUGUAAUCUGAGAAAAAUGUAAUCUGUUCUAGGGGAUUGGUUCGUAAUGGGGCAUAUUACUUGCUUUUGGUUUUGCAGAGUAAAAAGAGAUGUGAAAUAUAUGCACAUUUUUUUAUCGUGUUGUCCAGAAUGAAAUUGUUACAAAUUGACUUAAAAACUUAUUUGAUUAAUUGAUCCACACUAAAAUAAAAAUUCUUGAUUCUUUCUACUGGCAAAAGCAUAUUUAGAAAUAAUAGAACCUAUAAGGCAAUCAGAUAAAAGAAAAUAAAUAACCAAAAUGACAUACUAACUGAGAAAUACCAGUUCAUUAUGUUUAUCAAUGGUCCUUGCUUAUGUUUUUUUUUCUCCACGCUUCCAAGCCACAUGCUCGUGAAUGCCUGGCUUUAGAUGUCUGCUUUAUCUGGUCAAAUCCAGCUUAGGUGGAGUUAAAGAAAAGGAGUAAAGUGAAGUGAGACAGGUCACUCCCCAGGAUCCACUUCCCUUUUCACUGCUGUGUAAUGGAGUUUCAUUUUUCUUCUCACCCGUAUCUUUCUUUGCCUCUGUGCAUUAAAUAUUUGUGCUAAACCAGGAUUAGUCUUCAAGAGCUGUCAUAUAUCUUUCUGCAUUACAUUUGUCAUGUGAACUUUAACACAAAGGCAACAAAGCAGUUAAUGAUACAGCAUAUAAUCUUGAUUCCCUGAAAGUCUUCUGUAAUUGUUUUCUUUGUGCAUCAGAAGGGAUCCACUUCCCUUUUUCAUUCCUGUUCACUAUUUCCUUUUGUCCUUCUCAUACCUACUGAAGGGUUUAAGCAGUUUCUAAUGUCUUGGACUCAGUAGUUGUUCCAUACAGUUUUAUCCAUUGUAUUCCAGAGUAGAAUGUCUUGCUUAAACGGGAAAAACAUUAUUUUCUACCACAGGUGUCUGCUGGAAUUUGAUUUAAAGCUCUGUGGGACUGAUCACUUAUUAUCUACACUUAGAAAUUAUCAGAAAUUAUUUCUACAAAUGUUACUGCCAUAGUUUUUUUCCACAAAUUGUAAUACAACUAGAAGUCGGAAACUGUAGCAAAGUUGUUACUAGAAAAUGUUAUUGCUACAACUCUGUCCAUUCAAAUUAAGGCCUUUUCUUCCGA